GCGCACCGGGAGGCGUGCGGAAGAGUUGCUGGAGCGGGCAGGUGGAGGGAGGAGUGGUCCCGACAGUAACUGCCCGGAGUUGGUGUGCCUCAGGAAAUGAUACAUGGGGUCUCAGCAUUCCUCUUCUGCCCGUACAUUUUGUCACCGAAAGAAGGAUGGCAAUCCGGAGGACUUACAGGCUGAGAGAGAGCAGGAGGAAGCCAUCGCUCAGUUCCCCUAUGUGGAAUUCACGGGGAGAAAUAGCGUCACCUGUCACACCUGCCAAGGAGCAGGCUACGUCCCAGCAGAGCAACUCAAUGAGUUGGUGGCUCUGAUCCCACACAGUGACCAGAGGCUGCGUCCUCAAAGAACUAAACAGUAUGUCCUCCUGUCGGUCCUGCUCUGUCUGCUGGCAUCUGGCUUGGUCUCUUUCUUCCUGUUUCCACAUUCAGUCCUCGUGGAUGAUAACGGCAUCAAAGUGGUGAAGGUCACAUUUAAUAAACAGGACUCCCUGGUAGUGCUCGAUGUCAUGGCCACCCUGAAAAUCAGAAACUCCAACUUCUACUCCGUGGCAGUGACCAACCUGUUCAGCCAGGUUCAAUACAUGAAAGCCGUGGCUGGCACAUACAUGACCACGAACGUCUCUGUCAUUCCCCCUCGGAGUGAGCACCUGGUGAAUUUUACAGUGAAGGCCGAGGUGGGAGGACCAUCUUCGUACUUGUACUUCUUCUGCACGGUACCUGCCAUUCUGGUGCACAACAUCAUGAUCUUCAUGAGGACUUCUGUGCAGAUUUCAUACAUUGGCCACACGUCCCAGAGCGCCGUGGAAACACAGCACUAUGUGGACUGCGGGGCGAAUUCCACGGUUGUUUAGAGCCUGCUGUUGGCUCUUCUGAGGCUGUGCCUGUAGAAGGAAGCUAACAUCUGUCCUCACAGCUCAGCGUCUGUCCGAGCUUGAUCCUGCAUGGUGUCAGCGGAGGGAGCGGUUCUCUUAACCCACGGAAAGCAUCCUUCCGCACUUAGGGGAGAGCUCUCUUCGCAGCAGCACCGUGUGCUUCUCUUGGAAUCAGCAAAAUCACUGCCCAGUGCCUAGUCCGUGCCUAGCAAAUGGCGCUCAAUUACAGUUUGAAGAAUUGAAUACAGAUAUUUUUGGCUGUUACUGAGUCUUUAUAAGUUGGGAUGAGCCAGGGUUCUAGCUGUUCAGACCAGAGUGACAUGAAGGUAGGGUGUUGGUGCAGCUGUAAACGUAUGGAUGCCGCCUUCAUGUACACAGAAGCACCAGCAAGAGGGGCAUCCAGAGGACCUUCAAGGAGCCCCUUAGUGGCUGCAUUUAUUUCCAUCUGCUCCCUAAUGCCCAGGGGCUUUGCAGAAAGGUUUUAGUGGUGCCCCCUUUUUUCUGACAAAGUUUUUAUAUCCCCACCCCCACCCUGGUCUAUUUUAGGGCUUGAUGUACCUUUGAUCCAUUGGCUGGACAUGGAUUGGGGAUUUGAUAGAAAAAUAAACCAUGCUUUUAAUUGA